AUGAGCGAAAAAACAACGGCGGCCACAAACGGCCUGCUGUCAGCCAAUGGGCCAAUGUCAAAUGGCACAAACGGUGUUCCCAGCAGUACGUCGUCCCAGCAGCAAAAUGGCUGCGGAAAGACCGCGUCAAAGAAAGGGCCUCGCCCAGACAACGGCAACGGCAACGACGGCAGGUCACCUCGUCGCUUCCCUCGUAUCUCACUGCCUGUCGAAUUGAUGCGAGACUCGUACGAUGUGGUGGUUAUUGGUAGCGGAUACGGCGGAGGCGUGGCCGCUAGUCGUAUGGCUCGGGGAAAGCAGAGUGUUUGCCUGCUCGAGCGUGGCAAAGAGAGGUGGCCUGGCGAGUUCCCAGAGCAGCUUCUGGAAACGUCUGAAGAGAUUCGAAUCAGCGGCGAGUUUGCGCCAGGUGACCGACGAAGUAUUCCGGGCAAGAUUGUCGAUGGCGGAAACUCCACAGGGCUGUACCAUUUCGUCGUCGGGGAGGGCCAAAAUGCCUACAUGGGCAAUGGGCUGGGUGGCACAAGCUUGUUAAACGCAAAUGUAUUUUUGGAGGCACAUCCAGAUGUCCUGGACAUGGAAAUCUGGCCCAAGGAGCUCAGAGGAAAGGAUGCUUGGACGAAAUACUACAAACGGGCCAGCUCCGUUCUAGAACCGGUCGAGUAUCCCGCGACGUUCCCAGAACUGCGCAAGGCCGAUCUGCUCAAGAAGCAGGCGGAACUCAUGGGCAUGGGCGACAAGUUCUACCGCGUCAAGCAGACGACCCGAUUCAAAGAUGGACCAAACAGCACUGGUGUCUGCAUGCGGGCCUCAACGCUCACCGGCAUGGACGCCACUGGUAUCAACGACGGAAGCAAGUCGACAACGCUGGUCAACUACCUCAGCGACGCGUGGAACUGGGGUGCCGAGAUGUUCUGCGAGUGUGAGGUGCGAUACGUAACCAAAGCUCCCGGGCGUGAUGGAUACAUCAUCUACUUUGCCUGGCACGGCGGCAAGCGUGGACGCUUCACAACUCUCUACGACGACUUGAUGUGGGUGCAUGCCAACAAGCUGGUCUUCUUCGGAGCUGGUAGCAUCGGCACUACGGAGAUCCUUCUUCGAAGCAAACAGUUUGGGCUAAAGAUGAGCGAGGACGUCGGCACUGAGAUGAGCGGCAAUGGAGAUAUGCUCGGAUUCGGUUACAACACGGACUACGACGCCAAUUGCAUGGCACAUCCCGAUCCGACCUGGGACCGCCCUGUUGGUCCCUGCAUCACGUCAGUGCUAGAUCUUCGCGAGCAAAAGAACGUGCUGGAGGGUUUCGUUGUGGAGGAUUGCGCCAUUCCUCUUGCUCUGGCUCCCUUGAUGUUCCCGAUGCUGGAGUAUCUUCCCGACCCAGUCAAGCCACGCUACGGUUCACUUGAAACCUUGACCAAGGCGGCAUCUCGGGUUGCAGGCAAGCUUCUGGGGCCCUACUCAGCCCAUGGCAGCGUCGCGAGAACAGCGACAUAUCUCAUCAUGUCGCAUGACAGUAGCCAGGGUAGCCUGAGACUGAAGGAGAACAAGCCCGUUCUUACCUACUCAGGCGUCGGCCGGUCCAAGUCUGUUUCUCGGAUUCACGAGUUCUUGGAGAAGAUGACAGCCAAUGUUGGAGGAAACUUUGUGGCCAACCCAGCAUGGACUCUACUUGGUGCACAACAAAUCACCGUUCACCCCAUCGGCGGAGCCCGGAUGAGUACCGACGGCACUGGGAGCAGUGGCGUGACGAACCACUCGGGAGAAAUCUUCAAGGGCGACGGGACCGAGACCCAUCCAGGGCUCAUUGUGUGUGACGGCGCACUCGUGCCCACUGCGGUGGGAGUGAACCCCUUUGCCACGAUCACAGCCCUCGCCGAACGAUCAGUGGAGCUGGCCGCUCAGAGGUUUGGAAUCUCCAUCGACUACGACACCAAGAACGGUGUCCUCGACAUGUACGGUAGCCCAAAGUUCCCGCUGCCACGCGAUGACAGCAUCGAAAGGCUGUCGGCGGCCAUGACGAAAGCUGGUGACAAUGGAAAGUCUGGUAUUGCCUUCUCCGAAGUCAUGACCGGUUUCAUUCAUGCGGGGCCGGAUGUUGAUGACUUCAAGGUCGCUACCGAUCUAGGUCGAAGCCGGUGUGAAUUUGCUCGCUUUUUCCUAAGUGUCAAGUCUUGGGACAUUGCAGAAUUGGUCAACAACAACCUUCAUCCGGCCCACUUGACAGGGACGUUCUGUUGCGAGUCUCUGGGAGGGACCUUUAUUGUUCACCGGGGUGCAUUCCAGCUGUUCAACGAAGACGUGCGCGAGCCAGACACCACAAACCUAUCGUAUGACUUCGACAUGGUGUCUCCUAGAGGGAACACUCUGCACUUUAACGGGUACAAGGUGGUCAAUACCGCUGCCUAUCUUAAUCCUCUGGAGAUUCUUCGGCAGACCACUACCUUGUAUGUCACCAUUACCAACAAAGACGAUGAGAUUGUUGGACGUGGUACACUGCACAUUCAACCCAAGGACUUCUACCAGGAAGUUUUGACCUUUGGUGCCACAGGGCCUUCAACCUGGUCGAGAUUGACAUCGGUCAUGAGCUUCCUCGGCUACUUUACGAAACAGCUCUCAGUCCCAUUCUUCUCGACUUUGGGGCGCCUUCAGUGGCCCAACGCUGGCGUCGACACGGCUUCCAUGGCCACCUCACCGUCUCAGGUGGCUCCAUUAGUAGCAUUAGAUGGUGUCAAGACAACUUUGAUGAUGUGGAACCCCAUCCAAGACGGCAAGGAGGUUCUCGGCGAUGCCCCAAUUAUCCUGUUUGUCGCUGGCGCCGCAACAGACCACACAAUGUUCGCUUUGCCGACAAUAGAGACCAAUGCGAUCGACUACUUCCGCUCCGCGGGGUACAGGUCGUACUGUCUCACACACCGAGUUGGCCGCACGCCAGUUGCGCAGCAAGGCCAUACCCCUUAUGAUGCCAGGCGGGAUAUCCACGCCGCCCUUGCUCACAUUCGCAAGGUGGGCAGCACACGUGGUGACAAGGAGAUGCCUAAGAUUUACGUGGUUGCACACUGUGCUGGCUCGAGCGCUCUCGCCUGUGGCCUUCUCGACGGCACGAUCCCGGCAAACUGGCUUCGGGGCGUGACCGCCUCCAUGGUCUUUAUGAAUCCCAAGUUUGGCAAGAUCAAUCACCUCAUCUCUGGGUUUCCGGUCAAUGUGUACAGCAAACUUCGGGCCCUCAAUCAAGUCUUGCGGCUCUACCCUGCUGGUGAUGCUCGAGAGACCUGCAAGUCGGUUGUUUGCCAUCGAAGUGAACUUGUCUUUGGCCGCCUUUGGACCCACAAGAACCUCAAUGAGACAACCCAUCGCAACCUUGCCCAAUUCGUUGGUGGGACGUCCAUGCAGUCCCUAGCAUGGCUGAUGAAUGCUGGGCGGAAGGAGGCUGUCACCACAAACGAGCCGGCUAGCACGAGCUUGGUGACACCGGAGAAUCUGGAACGGCUAAAAGGUCUUCCCAUUCUAUUCCUCUCGGGUACCGGCAAUAUGGUCUAUACGGCAGAGAAUACUGACGUGUCUUUCACUACCCUGUGUCACGCCCAUGGUCGACAGUGGUAUGAGAGGGAGCUCUUCUCCGACAAAGGACACUUGGAUGCCUGGAUGGGAGCAAAUGCAUACAAGGAUGUUUACCCGAGGGUAAGGAGGCACGUGGACAAGUUCAUGAAAUUGUGA